CGUUAAGAACAUACCACCUAUACCCUCCCCUCUGGUCUUCACACUUUCUUUGUUUUGCUUCCAUUCUUUUCACAAUGCAUCUGUGGCAGGCCACUACCUCCUUCUGUCUGCUGGCUUCAGCUGCCCUGCCCCCUGUGGCUGCGUCAGCUUGGGGCUUUGCUGAUGCCACCGUGGCAGUUCAACCCAAGGGUGCUUGGAUCAACGGCGGAUUCAAGGAACAGUUCACUUCCUCGAAGCCCUUGUCCAAACCCGUUGUAUUUGCCGGUGCCGAUACAUUGCGCGUCAUCUUGACUGCGCAGGAUGGAAGCUCCGCAAAGCGACCACACCAGGCAUUCCUCCUGCUGAAGGACGCUCAGAGUGGCCUGGAUGUCUCCUAUCCUUUCAGUGUCAAAGAGAAUGGAAAAUCCAGAGUUGAGCUGACCCAGAAGGAGCUGCCGGUCCAAUUCCUCUCCCUCGCCGAACCCGUCGAUGCCCAUGUUGUCAUUGGAUCUUUUGGAAGCUCUGAUGCCUAUGAUAGCUCGGUCUUCAAGCUGGCUAUCGAGCGGGAUCCCAGUGUGCCUGUCCCGACCGCAGAGACCGCGCGUUACGGCAAGCUCCCUGAGAUCCACCACAUCUUCAAGGACUCUCCCUCCAACCCCCCGAUCAUCAUCACCCUCGCCUUUGUGGCUGCCGUUGGUGCUACUCUUCCGGUUCUUGCUGGUCUGUGGCUCUUCCUCGGCGCCAAUCUCAGCCACCUGCCCACUGCGCUCAAGUCCGCUCCUCUACCUCACGCCGUCUUCGUUGGAUCUUUGAUCGCAUUCGAGGGCCUCUUCUUCCUCUACUACACUUCGUGGAACUUGUUCCAGCUCCUGCCGGCCGCCGCUGUGGCUGGCGUGGUCGCAUUCCUGAGCGGUAGCCGCGCCUUGGGUGAGGUGCAGGGCCGCCGCCUGGCUGGCCUCCGUUAAGUGUCUCGGAAGAUCCUAUAGUGCCGUAUGCUUGCGCCUUUUGAGAUCGACCUCUCUAUCUUUUGGAAAAGUAGGCACUCGAGCUCCACGGGAGCCACCUGUUAGCUGUGAUGAUAUCCGUUCUGUUUCAAUUGAACCAGCACAUGCGAAUGAAGUAGCUGCUGCGCAUGUAUAUCUCUUUCUUCAAUGAGCUUUUAGAAGUAUGUAAAUAAACCUUGACUGCGUACCUCGUUGCUUAGCUGGUUUUUGGAGGACUCGAGACGUACCCGUCCUCCUACAACGAUAC